AUGUCUGCCUCCGAAGCACCAUCUCCUAAGGAAUUAAUACAUGUUACAGGCCUUACACUAGAGGAAGGUGCAGUCUUUGAGCGCGAUCCUAGCCCCGACACAGAGGAUGCAGGAUCUCGGGCUCCUCACAACAUCCCUGUGCUACCUGGCGCUAUUCUGGAUCCAGAUGAUCGUUUUCCAAAGACUCCAGAAACACAGCCAGAGCACGAAAUACCAAAGUCGAAAGAGGAAGUUACUUAUAUGCUAGAAACAAAAAUCAAAUUACGAGAUCUUGAACGUGAAAAGGAAACAUUGGAAAUGGAGGGGCGCCGUCGAGCUGCAAAAGAACAAAUUGAUGCUCGAUGGCAAGAGCGCGCUUUGAAAGACUGGAGAGAAAAUAAAGUGAAGGUUAAGUAUGAUACUUUACCUGAUACUGACCAUGAUGAGGAUGCUCUUCGACAGGCAGCUAUUGAUAAAAACCUCAGGGGUGGUGAAAUUGCACCAACAGUGAAUAAGAAGAAAUCGCCACCCAAAGGAAUAAACCAACUGGCUGAAUCACGAAGAAAAUUAAAUAAGGAAUGGGCCAUAAGUGGAGGCCAUCGAAUCGCAGUAAGACAGAAUGACGAAACGGCUGCUGAAGGGGCAGCAUUGAAAGGCGCAAAACAGUUCAAGGCAGUUGUAGAUGGAGAAGGAGCUCGGAAUGACACGACGGAUGGCGGAGUCAAAUACACAAAUAAAGACUCGCGCGAUGGUGGAAAUGAAUUUGGUGAUAGGUCGCCGGUGCCAGAGGAGCGAGGAAGAAGAAGAGCCCACGAGGCAAGAGAUACUUCUUCACACUCGCAGGCACGCAGAAGAAAGCAAGAGGGCGCUGCUGAAGAUCCGCUACGAUCCACCGGGAUCACACCACUAUCCGAAGGACCGCCACUUCAUCAAAGACACAAGGAUGCGAACGUUGUUCUACACAAAGAUGUACCAGCGGAGACCUUCCGAGUAGCACAACAAGCAGAGAAAGGCCGUUUUGUCGCCUGGCCCGGAGCAAAUAUUCAAAUACCUCCUAUGUCUCCCCUGGUUCCAAAAGUAGUAAAACCUCAGACGAAGCUUGAACCUUUGCCCAUUGUUUUCCCAGUACCAGCCAUUCGAGAUCCACGUCUAUUACCAAACGAAAGUCCAGCUCAAUGGAAACUUCGCGAAAAUAGUGUAAAUCUAAGGGAGGAAAUGCUUUCAUUCAACGAGAGAGCAGAUCAAGAGGAACUUAGGAAAUUAGACGAUAGAAGAGCUAAACGGAAGGGAAGAUAUAAGUGUCUUGCAACAGAAAGCAAGAUUGAGAGAAAGUGUGUGGCAGCGAGGCAGAGAGCAGAGGAACUGGCUGAAAAGCUUUUGCGCGGUGGAGGUGGUUCUGAGGACCGAAGAGAUACAGCAACGGGGAAGUAA